AUGCCUGGUGUUCCACCUAACGCUUUUGCGCAAGUCAAGAAGGGCUUCAAGCGCUUCUUCAGCAGCCGCAAGAAGGCAGCUAAGAAGACCGAGGCCCCUGCUGAAGCUCCUGCGACCAAUGCUGCUACCACUGCACCUGUAGCAGGUGCUGCAGGUGCAGCGGCCGCUGCGACACCCGCCGCCCCCGCUGCCCCUCAACCCGAUACCACCAUCGCACCCGAAUCUGCUGAGGUAAAGGAGACGAAGCCCGCGGAGCCUGUCGCCUCCCCGGAGAUGAGCGCUACAGCUGGCCCUGUCGAAACCCAUUUAGAGGCUGCGCCUGCUCCCGCUGCUGAAGCUGCGCCUGCUGCUAAGCCUGAGGAGGCUGCCGCUCAGCCUGUGGAGCCCGUUGCUCAGACUGAAGCCCCUGCUGCUGCACCUGAGGCCCCUGGUACUCAGACUGAGGAGCCCGCCGCUAAGCCUGAGGAACCUGCUGCCAAGACUGAUGCGCUCGCUAAGUAG